GAGUCACGUUACCGGGACGGGCCGAGCGCAGGGCGCAGCGAGCCGGGCGGCGACCACAGGUGCCCGCGGCCGGGACCCUGCCCAGCCCGGCCGCCCCCCGCACUCGGGCCCCAGACCCGACCCCGGACCGCGGCCCUGACCCUGGACCUCCGACCCUGGCAGUGACCCCCGAUCCCGGACCCGGAUCCCGGACCGGCUCCGAUCCUGGACCCCGAUCCCAGACCCUGGACCCUGACCCCGGACUCCGGACCGGCCCCUCCGUCAUGACGGGGCCGGAGGACCAGGAGUUCGACUUUGAUUUCCUUUUCGAAUUUAACCAGAGCAACGAGGGCGUCCCUGGCGUGGCCCCAGAGCACUACGGCUACACGACCUCCACCCUCAGCCCAGGCCUGUCCCUGCCCUCAGCGCACCCGGCCCUGCCCGGCCCCUGCCAUGACCUGCAGGCGCCGGCCCCGGGCGUCCCGGCCGCGGCGGGCCACCCCUCGGGGUACGGGGCCCUGCUGGACGGCGGGCCCUCCGGCUACUUCCUGCCUCCCGGCCACGCCCGGCCCAACGGCGCCCCGGCCCUGGAGAGCCCGCGCAUCGAGAUCACGUCCUACUUGGGGCUGCACCACGGCGGCGGCCCCUUCUUCCAGGACGUGGACGCGGAGGACGUCCUGCCAGGCCCCAAGCGGCCCCCGGCCACGGCCACGCUGAGCCUGCCCGGCCUGGAGGCCUACCGGGACCCCUCGUGCCUGAGCCCAGCCAGCAGCCUGUCCUCCCGCAGCUGCAACUCCGAGGCCUCGUCCUACGAGUCCAACUACUCCUUCCCCUACGCCUCCCCCCAGACGUCGCCCUGGCAGUCGCCCUGCGUGUCCCCCAAGGCCACGGACCCCGAGGAGGCCUUCCCCCGCGGCCUGGGGGCCUGCGGCCUGCUGGGCUCCCCCCGGCACUCGCCGUCCGCCUCGCCCCGCACCAGCGUGACCGAGGAGAGCUGGCUGGGCGCCCGCGGCUCGCGGCCCUCCUCCCCCAGCAACAAGCGGAAGUACGGCCUCAACGGGCGGCAGCCGUCCUGCUCGCCCCACCCCUCGCCCACGCCGUCCCCGCACGGCUCACCCCGCGUCAGCGUCACGGACGACACCUGGCUGGGCAGCGCCACGCAGUACACCAGCUCCGCCAUCGUGGCCGCCAUCAACGCCCUGAGCACGGACGGCGGCCUGGACCUGGGCGACGGCGUGCCCGUCAAGGCCCGCAGGACGGCCCCCGACCCCGCGCCCUCCGUGGCCCUCAAGGUGGAGCCGGCGGGCGAGGAGCUGGGUGCCACGCCGCCCCCCUCGGACUUCCCGCCCGAGGAGUUCCCGCCCUUCCAGCACAUCCGCAGGGGCGCCUUCUGCGACCAGUACCUGGCCGUGCCGCAGCACCCGUACCCCUGGGCCCGGCCCCGGUCCCCCGCGGCCUACACCAGCCCGACUCUGCCCGCCCUGGACUGGCAGCUGCCGUCGCGCUCGGGGCCCUACGAGCUGAGGAUCGAGGUGCAGCCCAAGUCCCACCACCGGGCCCACUACGAGACCGAGGGCAGCCGGGGCGCCGUGAAGGCGUCGGCAGGGGGCCACCCCAGCGUGCAGCUCCACGGCUACCUGGAGAACGAGCCCCUCACGCUGCAGCUGUUCAUCGGCACCGCGGACGACCGGCUGCUGCGGCCGCACGCCUUCUACCAGGUGCACCGCAUCACGGGCAAGACGGUGUCCACCACCAGCCACGAGGCCGUCCUGUCCAACACCAAGGUCCUGGAGAUCCCGCUGCUGCCGGAGAACAACAUGCGUGCCAUCAUCGACUGCGCCGGCAUCCUGAAGCUCCGGAACUCGGACAUCGAGCUGCGCAAGGGGGAGACGGACAUCGGCCGCAAGAACACGCGUGUGAGGCUGGUCUUCCGGGUGCACAUCCCGCAGCCCGGCGGCCGCACGCUGUCGCUGCAGGUGGCCUCCAACCCCAUCGAGUGCUCCCAGCGGUCAGCCCAGGAGCUGCCCCUGGUGGAGAAGCAGAGUGUGGCCAGCUGCCCCGUGCUGGGCGGGAAGAGGAUGGUGCUGUCCGGCCACAACUUCCUGCAGGACUCCAAGGUCAUCUUCGUGGAGAAAGCGCCAGACGGCCACCACAUCUGGGAGAUGGAGGCGAAGACCGACCGGGACCUGUGCAAGCCGCACUCGCUGGUGGUCGAGAUCCCGCCGUUCCGCAACCAGAGGGUGGCCAGCCCCGUCCAGGUCAGCUUCUACGUGUGCAACGGGAAGAGGAAGCGCAGCCAGUACCAGCCCUUCACCUACCUGCCCGCCAACGUCCCGGUCGUGAAGACAGAGCCCGCCGAUGACUACGAGCCGGCCCUGACCUGUGGACCCCUGGGCCAAGGCCUGAGCCCGCUGAGCCCGCUGCCGAAGCCCACCUUCAGCCGGCCGCUGGCCCUGCCCCCCGACCCGGGGUCCUGCCUCGGGGCCGGCUUCCCGCCGUGCCCCCAGAGAGGCGCCCUGGUGCCGCCGCCGCCGCCGCCCAGCGCCAGCCCAACGCUGCAGGACCUGUCCUCGGCCGCCUACGGCACAGGCGUGGCCAGCCCCGGCCACGGCCCCCUCGGACUUCAGCGGCCAGCUGGAGGGCUCCUCGCCGGCCCGGAGGCGCCGAGGCCCGCGGGCGCGCACCCCGGCUCCCAGCAGCCGCCCCCCGCCCUGCUGCAGCCACAGGUGAGUCCACAGCUGAGCAGCAGCCGUCCCCUGGAGGGCCGGCCGGCACUCUGUCCCCACAGCCCCGCGUCCACACCGCCGCCCGGCGCCCAAGAGCCGCCCUGUCUGCAGCCCCGCAGCCCAGCCCGCCCACCGGGGAUGGGCCACCAGCAGCCCCACCUGCCGAAGGUUCCGGAGACGGAGUCCGCCGCCGCCGCCGGCCCUCUGCCGCUGCCCGAGGUGCGUGAGGACAGUAAUCAGGGUCUGGCCCCCACCCCCGUGUCGGUCAAGCGAGAGCCUCAGGAGUUGGACCAGCUGUACCUGGACGACGUAAACGAAAUCAUACGGAACGACCUCUCCAGCACCCACACCCACUCGUAGCUGGCGGCGUGGGAGCCCACUCGGAGGCUGCGUGGUGUCAGCCCCGCGAGUGGCAGCGGAGGUCCAGCGUGCAGACUGGGGACUGAGUAGACCGAACCGCGUGGCACCACUCAGAACUCCCGACCCGCCGGAGACUCGUUACACGUACAGAGAAGGAGCCCUUGAACCGGAAGGCAGGCUGGGAAGAAGGAAGGACGGACGGACAGAAGGACGGAAGGAAGGAAGGACCGCUCCGUCUUCCGAAGGAAAAGUCAUCUCCAGGAGAAAUCCGUGAAGGGGUGCGGUGGGGUGAGGGCAGGAGGCAGACCGGCCGAGGGCACAGCCCCGCCCGGCAGCCCGACGCCUCCGCACCCUGCGGCGCCCUGGGUUCCGGUGCUGGCAGUGCCGUACGUAACCCCAGCCUCCGCGUCAGGGCAUCGCAGGGCUAAGCAUUAAACUUGCUGCCAGAGAAGUAUUCGUAGGAGCAAAGCUAUAAACACAUUUAUCACGAGGCUUUGUCAGACUUUGUAUGAACAAAGAGAAGGCCAGCGAGCUAGGCGUCGGGAGGAAACCCUAACACGUCUCCUGCGUUUUCCCGACUUCUCCUGGGUGGCCGUGAUGUACGGUUCUGUGGCCUCACUCGGUGCGUUUCAGACAUCUUCCAGUUCGUCAUCUCAGCUCCCUGCCAUCUCCCCUCCCCGGUGUCACUGAAGCCAUGGGACUGUUCACCGUAGCAUGCUGGAGUUUUGUUUUUUAAUCGGGCUUUGCACCUAGCACAAGUAGGCCGACCAGCACAAGAGAGGCUCCUGGACAAGAAAAGAAGUCUGUCCGUCACAGGGCAGGUGCUGCGUUUGCAUGUGUGUACAUAUAUAGACACGUAUUUAUGUAGAACAGUAACAGGUGGCCUCCGGUCUUCGCCCAGCGAGGGCUCCCGGGCCAGCGGUA